GCGAGCUAUAACAUCAAUCCUCUCGCGGGUUGGUUGGGACGAGCGGCCGACGGAAGACCGACCAUGGCCGGCAGCAUGAACGCCCAGGACGCCUCCAAGCUCAAGAUGAUGCUGGCCAAUGACGACGAUGAAAGCUCCGACGACGAAGCGUUCAAGCCGCGGGCUGCACGAGCAUCGCCAUCGCCACCGCCGGCGGUCCGCGAGGUCCCGCACGAGACGAAGCCGCAGCGGAAGACCCGGACCUCGAGCUGCUCCAGCGAAGAGAGCGAGACCAGCGAGCGCAAGAAGACGGCGUCGCGCCGACGAGACGAGGUCAAGCACAAGAAGCCGAAGAAGGACGCCCGGGUGUCGUCGUCGCGCGCCAAGGCCGCCAAAAGUGACGAGGACAGCGACCACAACGAGCGCAGGAAGAAGCGUGCGUCGGACGAGAAGAAGCAAAGGAAGCAAGCCAAGUCGGCGUCGGGUGAGUCGCGCAAGAGCUCGCGCGAUGAACUCUCAAAGGAUCGCGUCAAACGGAAGCGCUCCGACGGCGACGAUUCUGCGAAGAAGCGCCCUCGAGAACAACUCCUCUCCGCACGAAGCGAAAUUCCGGGGACCGGCCUCACGCCUCUUAACGACGGGAUGCCCAUGACGAUGCUGCGAACGAAAGCGCCUCGACCGUCUCGGAGUGUACCAACGAGCUUGUCUCCUCCGCCUACGACGGUCGUCCGCUCCGUGUACGAGCCGAAAGCGAGUCCUAUUGUCGCAUCGUCUCCAGUCCCUGCGGCCUCACCGACGCCCAAGUCGGACCAAGCUCCUGCCAAGCUUGCGACGAGCACCCCGUCCACGAUUCCGGCCUCGUCACCACCGGCUGCUCGACGUACCCAGAACGACGAGUCGCCGUGCCCCACUGAUGAGGAUGCGUCGAGUGCGGCAAUCGACACGACCGACUUUCUUGACGAGUCGGGCGAGGUCAUCGAAGAUGACGCUCCCGCGCCAAGCCCGCAGAGUACAAAGGGGAUUGCAACCCCCAGCUUUCGUGCCAAGAUGGACGACCGGCCCAAGCCAUCACCGCUCUCGCUUGUUGACGACCAUGCAGCUCUUCCGAAGGCGAAAAUGACGCCCCGGGACACACCCACGUACCCGCCGCGCCCGACGCCAGGGGACACACCGAGAAUGCGGGCACGACCGACACCUGGCGGGACGCCAAGUCUGCGACCACGGACGACACCGGGUGGCACGCCGACGGCUCGGCCAAAGACGACGCCGACGUCGGAAGGGCGCGGGAAGCCGCCGCCGCUCUCGCUGGACGCAGACAACUUUGUCAUUCCAAAGAUGACGGUACUGCCACCGCUGCCGCCGGUAAAAGGUCCCAGCGACGUCGAGAAGGAGCCAGGCGAGGUCGGUGACGCGCCUCCGGUGCUGGAUUUUCGCAUCCCAAAGAAGCCAUCGCUGCGAACGACCCCGACGACGCCGGCGACGCCGUCGGCCAAGCCAUCGGCAAGUGUAUCGCUCACGUCUGCACCGAAAGCCCGGCCGCCGACUCCCACCAAGCCGCCCGUCACGUUCCUAACGUACAGCGAAAAUGACCGCAAGUUUCUCAAGGCGUGCCGUCAACACAACUCGAUCCUGCGCACAAUUCUGCCCACGAUUCCGCGCCAACCGUACGCGGUCAAGGACGAGAAUGGCGAGAUCUUUGCAGAGAAAAAGUCGCUUGGUCGUAGUGUGCCCAUGAAGGAGUUUCUCGAGCAGCCGCCGUCGUUCUACGGCAUUGACCUUACGUGCCCGAUGCCCCCGCGCGCGCUCUCGGCGCACGCAGCUGCGCAGAUGCAGCGGCAGAUAAAUGAUCCGCACGGGUCUCUUGUCGAGCUCCAGACAGAGAACCGUGUGUUUCUCCAGACCAAGCUGUACAAGACGACGUUUCUGCCACUCUCGGAGCGUCGGCGCGUCACAGUGCUCUUUCGCCACAUGCGCAUGGAGCAGAAGAGCGCUGGCUUUGGCUUCAACAUGAAGGACAAGUGCUCGGACUUUGCCAAAAAGUGCGCCGACCGAUUCACGAUUGACGGCCGAAAGCCCUCGAUCGAGCUCACGGCGUCCGGGAAGCGCGACCUGCAGCAGAUGAAGCCCACGGCCAUGUACGUGCACUACUACUCGCAGGACGACGCGAACGAAGCACUGCGCCGGUUUCACGACGACGCGGGCGCCAAGUGCGAACUCCAAGACAACAUGUAUGCGAUCAAGCCGCCGCCGGUCGAGAAGAAGCUGCUGCGUCGUGAGUCGGAUCGGUUGCUGCCCGAGCCUCGGCGCCAUCCGGACGCGCUCGUUCCGGCGGCGGUCAACGGCAGCUUCCGCCCUGACGCGCCGCCUCGAUCUCCUCGGCGACGAGACGCCGAGUCACGACGGCCCUCGACGGGGCGUGACCGUAGCCGCUCAAUCGAGAGACAGCGCCGGCUGCAGCAAGGCGCGCCGCUUCGGUCGGGGAGUGAUCGCAUGCGCGCAGAGCCGGUGGACUACAUCCGCCGUGACGAAAGGCGCCGCCCCAGUGGCGACACACCAGCUAUUUUCCCUCCGCUGCCGCCGCCGCUUCCUCCGACCGAGCCGCGGACGCACACCGAGUCGUCGUGGUUGAGUGGCUCAUCCAGUACAAGUGACCGCAACGCCGCUGUCUCGCGCGACAUCACGUCGUCCAGCGAGCGGGAGGUACCCAAGCCAGAAAUGGUUGCUACCCCGUCGAAAACCCACGAGAAGGCAGCGGACCACCAACGUCGUUCGACCGAGCGCCGGACGACAACUACGACGAGCGAGGUAGUCAAGGUGGCUCCGACUGAAACCAAAACGCCGGCAACGGAGAUCACGUCGCUGGCGACCGAGACUGAGAAGCCGAUCAACGUGACCGAGAAGCCGGCCGUCAAGCCCGAAGCCAUCAAGGCGGAGAGGACCGCCGUCAUCAACGAGAAGACGCCCAGCACAACUGACAAGGUCACCACCAAGACCGAUCCGGCGGUCAUCGAGUCGGAGAAGGCUGCCGUCGCCAACAAGGUGCUUACCACCGCCGACAAGAUACCGACCACCGUCGAAAAGCCAGUCACUGAAGCCGCAAAGGCGACCAGUACGGACGUCCAGUUGCUGCCUUCUGCAGCCUCGGCGCCCGAUGCGACGGGCUCCACGAAGCCCAUGAAGGAGCACGCAACCUCGGUGAAGCCGCCAGCCGAAACGAAAGCUCACGUCGAGUCGUCGUCCUCAAUGGAAGCCGGUGAGCUUGUGCAAGGGUUGCGUUCAAGCCCGAAGGAGCGCAGCCAUGACAAGUACGAGCGUGGCGCUUCGGCGAGAACGGCGUCACCUCGCGGGCAUGAGCGCCGCACGAGCGCAAACAGUCACAGCACGGGCCAUCGACGCAGCCGGGACCGGGAACCGGAUCGGCUGCCUCGCAAUCGGUCACAUGAGCGGGUGCCACGAGAUCGGUCCGCGCAUCGGGAUCGAUCCCACGACCGGUCGCACCGGCCGCACCACGCAGCGGCGCACCUCGACCGUGGUGGGUCCCAUUACGGAGCCCCUCGUCGCCACGACGACCCCCCUCGUCGCAGCCCCGAGCGCUCGGAUCGAAGGGACGCGCGACACGGGCGCAGCAACGACCGGCGAGCCCUGAGCGACCGGCCGCAAUCUGGUCGCUACGGCCCGUACCACCGAUAGACCAAUAAGACCCUAAAAAAUGUCUACCGCAC